CUUCUCUUCAUCUCUUACUCUGAUACCUCUUUCUUUUAUUUUUAUUAUUUUUAUUAUUUUUUUUUGCCUUUUUUUUACAAAGAGGUUUAUUGUGCCUUGAUUUGGGGAGGAUCUGAUCUCCUUUAUUUUUUCCUUCGCCUGCUUAAUUUCCCCAUUUCUCCAUUCGAGUAGAUUUUCAUCCAUUCUUGUUGGCACGUUUCAAAUCAGCCCACCUUGCACACAUAUCAGAUAUCCUUUUUCCCUCCUUCACUCGUACAAUGAGUGCAGAGAAACAGUCGCCCUUUUCUAAACCAGAUCUCUCAGCCAAUACCAAUGCUAAUGUCAAUGCUGAUCCUCUUGCCACCUCAGCGUCAGCAGCUGGUCCUGAUGUCAACGCCACUGACAUGACCAAUAAAAAUAAUGCAAAACAUGAAACCUACGAGGAAAAUGAACACAUCCAUACACUUUUCAAGAAGGGUCCAACCUCCCCUGAGAAUCAUGCGUGGUUCCUCUCAAGAUUAACGUUAUGGUGGCUCAAUUCAUUCUUCUCAAAGGGCUAUAAGAAGAGGCUGGAUGAAGACGACAUCUAUGAGAUGUUAGAUCAAGAUAAGGCCGGUACAUUGACGUUGGGACUGAGCGAGAAGUGGGAGGCCGAGAAGAAGCGCGCUGAAUUAAAAGGCAAGAGCCCAUCGCUUUUCCGUGCAUUGCUCAAGACAUUCUGGAAGCGAUAUUACACUAGCUUCAUCGGUUUGGAGCUGGGAGAUUUAUGCCAGAUUGGUAUUCCACUCAUGCUCCAGCAGAUUAUCGGCUUUGUCAACGAUUCUGCAACGCCCAAUCCGCCACCAGCAUAUCACGGAUAUGGACUUGCCCUCGGUUUGAUGUUUUUGACAUUAACUCAAAACAUGCUUUAUCAACGCUGGAACUUGGGAUCUGUGACUAUGGGCAUCUACAUCCGUGCAACACUGAUCGAUCUCGUUUUCCGAAAGGCUACCAGCCUCUCGUCACGGGCCCAUCUCAUUUACCCGGAUGGGGCCAUCGUCAACUUGAUGUCGACUGACGCUAGUCGUAUUGACAUGGCUAUGCUCUCCGUAUUACUUGUUAUCAGUAUACCUUCAUUCACAAUAGCGACAGUCGGUAUAUUGGUUCAUAUGAUGGGACCUGCAGCAUUACUAGGCGCGGCUAUCUUAAUCUUUGCAAACCCAAUCCAAGCUUGGGCCAUGGCUCGUCUAAGCCCUAUUCGAAAAAAGGGUUCGGAGUUCACAGAUUUGAGAAUUCGUCUGACUCAGGAGAUCCUUCAGGGCAUCAAAGUGAUCAAGUUUUUCAGCUGGGAAUCUGAAUUUCUCAAAAAACUAUCUAGCAUAAGAAACAGUGAGCUGUAUAACAUUGCAAAGUUGCUUUACAUCCGUGGAGCUGUCGCUGCCACAUCUGCAUCAUUACCCGUGUUUGCCUCGGCUUUAUCGAUUAUUCUCUAUGGUGCCAUUGGAAACGAACUUAGGCCGGACAUCAUCUUCCCCGCUUUGGCCUACUUCACCAUUCUAAGGACACCUCUCAUGGUAUUACCUUCUUGUUACACUGUAACUGUUGAUGCAUAUGUAGCUUUGAAGCGUAUUGAAGCAUUCCUACUCUCUGAAGAUGAAAACCCUCUUCCACCCCCUGAUCCCAAGCACGAAUAUGCCAUCAGCAUGAAGGAUGCCAGCUUCAUCUGGGAAGAACUACCGAAUUCCAGUUCUGAUACCUUAAUUCCAUCUGCAGCAACUAUAAAUAUCAAACAUGAAAACAUUACGGCUGUCGACAGUGACAGUCAAUCGUCAUCGGAUGAAAAGAAGUCACCUUCUCCAUCAGCACAUCUGUCAAAGAUCAAUCUCAAGAUCCCUCGUGGUGCUCUUGUUGCAAUUGUAGGACCUGUUGGAAGCGGAAAGUCUUCGUUGCUUCAGGCCAUGGUUGGGAAUAUGACUCAAGCGGAGGGUCAGGUUACUCGUGGGACCAACAUCAGCUAUGCGUCUCAGACACCAUGGAUCCAAAACGCCACUAUCCAAGACAACAUAUUGUUUGAUACGCCCUUUGAUGAGGAACGGUAUAAACGUGUGAUCAAUGUUUGUUGCCUCGAAGCAGAUCUCAAGCUCUUUCCGUUCGGCGACCAGACUGAAAUCGGAGAGCGUGGUGUCAAUCUUUCUGGUGGCCAAAAGGCUCGACUCUCGUUGGCUCGAAGUGUCUAUUUUGAAGCUGGCACUGUGAUAAUGGAUGAUCCCCUCUCUGCUGUAGAUGCACAUGUAGGGAAGCGUCUCUGGCAGGACUGUGUGAUGAAAGAAUUAGGAGAUCGGACAAGGAUCAUCGCGACUCACCAGCUACAUGUGUUACCAGAUACAGAUUAUGUGAUCUACAUGAAGGACGGGACCAUCGCAGAGGAGGGGACAUUUAAGGACCUGAUGGCAAGAGAUGGAGAGUUCUGUGCGCUCAUGGGUCAAUACGGAGGAGUCCAAGCUGAGGAAAGUGAGCUGGAGGACAUUGACUUUGACAACAUUAAACCUGAUGCAGCCGUUGUAGCUGAGGAAGAGGAAGAGGCAAGGAAGCACGUAAAGAAACUGGAUCUGGCCUCUGGUGAAGGAGAGUUAGAAAAGGAGGUUUAUAAGAAAGAGAUAGACGGUGAACAUCGAAAAUCAUUGGAAGCCAAGGCUGAAGCCCCUCAAAAGCUCAUGUCGGAGGAGGAGCGCGAGUCCGGAGCGGUCAAGGGCAAUGUAUAUGCAGGCUACCUCAAGGCCUCUGCUUGGUAUUAUUGGGUUAUCACAAUCGGACUUUUCCUUCUGCAACAGGCUGCAAACGUUUUAGGUAACCAAUGGAUGAGCUGGUGGAGUAGCGACGAGUUUCAUCUGACAACCAACCAAUACAUCAGGACAUUUGCGGGGUUCGCUGUCGCACAGCUCGUAUUAGUCUUUAUGGCUUCAAUCAUGCUGUCUUUCACAAUUGUAAGGACAGCCCAUGCGAUGCAUGAUGCCGCUUUCAAGCGCGUCCUUUAUUCCCCUCUUGCCUUCUUCGAUACAACUCCUCUUGGACGCAUCUUGAACAGAUUCAGCAGAGAUGUUGAUACGCUUGACAAUGUCCUUUGGAGCACAAUCUAUGAAUUUACUAUUACGGCGGUUACACUUAUCGGAACAUUCGUGCUUAUUAUCGUCGUAUUCCCUUGGCUUGCACUUGCAGUUGUUCCUAUCUUUGCUCUUUACUAUGCUCUUUCAAUCUACUACCGGAUUACAUCACGGGAGGUCAAGCGCCUGGAUUCGAACAUGCGGUCGUACCUAUACGCUUACUUCUCAGAAUGCCUUACGGGUCUCAGCACUCUCAAAGCAUAUGGUGUGGUCCAAAACGCUAUCCUCAAGAACGAGUAUCGAAUUGAUCUCAAUAACCGACCAUACUAUCUUUACCAAAUCGGAGGCCGUUGGCUCUCACUUCGUGUAAACAUUCUGGGUGCUUUAUUGUCUUUCUCGACUGUGGUCUUGAUUACUGCCACAAGGUUCAGCAUUAACCCAGCCUCUGCUGGCCUCGUCCUCAGUUACUUGGCACGUAUCGCUGGCGACUUGAACUGGUGUGUCCAACGACUAUCGACAGUCGAGAACAAUAUGAACUCGGCGGAGCGAUUGAUUUAUUAUAUCAAAAACCUGGCUCAGGAACGACCCCCAGAACAGCCCGCGAACAAGCCUCCUAAGGAUUGGCCGAGUCAGGGAAAGAUUGACUUUAAAAAUGUGUCGAUGCGUUACCGACCAGAGCUUCCUCGAGUCCUUCGGGAUAUCUCGUUUGAGGUCCAACCAGGGCACAAAGUUGGGGUUGUGGGUCGCACUGGAGCAGGAAAAUCAUCUUUGAUCCAUGCAUUGUUCCUAUUAAGUGAGCUUGACGGGGGACAAAUUUUGAUGGAUGGUAUUGACACCUCUACAUUGGGAACGGCGGAUUUGAGACCCAAAAUUGCGAUUAUCCCACAGGAUCCGGUUUUGUUCCAGGGUACUUUCCGAUACAAUCUAGACCCUUUGUCUCAGCAUACAGAGCAGGAGUUAUGGCAAGCACUCGAGACAAGUGACCUCAAACCAUAUGUCCAGGCACAAGAAGGUGGAUUGGAUGCACAGGUGUCAGCACAAGGUGAGAACUUGAGUGUGGGACAAAGACAAUUGGUCUGUCUUUCGAGAGCUCUGCUUGCAAAGUCCAAGAUUGUUGUUCUUGAUGAAGCAACCGCAAGCGUGGACAUGGCGACAGACGCACUUAUUCAGAGAGCCAUUCGAACUGACUUUGCUCAUUCGACUGUUAUCACUGUUGCCCAUCGUAUUAACACAAUCAUUGACUAUGACAGAAUUCUGGUGAUGCACCAAGGACAAGUUGCUGAAUAUGAUACCCCACGUAAUUUGCUCAGUAGACCUGACUCGGUCUUCUCGAGCAUGGUUGCGGAGACAGGGCCGAACAAUGCCAGUCAUCUCCGGUCAUUAGCAGGACUUUAA